CAGCAUGUCGGACUAGACGGACAGCUGCGCGUGCGAGCUGGAUUUCAGCACCGGAGCUGUCCGGAGCGCACGGACGCUGCCGCGGUGACGCGACGAUGCUCAAACCGCGGUGCUGAAAUCUCUCUCUCUCUGCCUAUCUCUCUUUUUUUCUCUCUCUCUCUCUCUAUCUCUCUCCCUCUCUCUCUCCCCCCUUCUCCUCUCCCCGGUUGUGUCCAGACGCACGAAACGCUCUGUCAUGGCGUCUUCCAACCAUCUUACCCCCACCAACUGUAGCUGGUGGCCCAUCUCAGCCAUGGACGAGGACGACAAAAUCACAGACGGGGAGGAGAGCGAGGAACCGACGGCAGAGCCCAAAGCUUUUAACAAAGACAGGCUGGUUUUGUACCACUGGACGCAGUCUUUCACCUCUCAAAAGGUUCGUCUGGUCAUUAACGAGAAGGGGCUGGUGUGUGAGGAGAGGGAUGUGAGUUUGCCGCUGCAGGAGCACAAGGAGCCCUGGUUCAUGAGGCUCAAUCUGGGUGAGGAGGUGCCCGUCUUCCUCCACGGGGACACCAUCAUCAGUGACUACAACCAGAUUAUAGACUACCUGGAGAAAAACUUUGUUGGAGACUCUGUGGCUCAGCUGAUUCCUGACGCAGACUCGCCUCUCCACGAUCGUGUGCAACAGUACCGUCAGCUACUGGAUGGUCUGCCCAUGGACGCUUACACACACGGCUGCAUCCUCCAUCCAGAGCUCACCACCGACUCAAUGAUCCCAAAGUACGCCACCGCGGAAAUACGUAGACACCUGGCCAAUGCUGCCACAGAGUUGAUGAAGCUGGACCACGAGGAGCCACAGCUGACAGAACCGUACCUCUCCAAGCAGAAGAAGCUCAUGGCAAAAAUCUUGGACCAUGACAAUGUGAAUUAUCUGAAGAAAAUUCUGGGAGAGUUAGCCAUGGUUCUAGAUCAAGUAGAGGCCGAACUGGAGAAAAGGAAACUAGAGUAUCAAGGUCAGAAGUGCGAGUUGUGGCUAUGUGGACCUGAAUUUACACUAGCUGAUAUCUGCCUUGGAGCCUUGUUGCACAGGCUCAAGUUUUUGGGACUUUCUAAGAAAUACUGGGAGGACGGCAGCCGGCCAAACCUGCAGUCCUUUUUUAUGCGUGUGCAAAAACGCUACGCGUUCCGAAAGGUGUUGGGCGACAUCCACACAACCCUCCUGUCGGCCGUCCUACCCAACGCGUUCCGGAUGGUAAAAAAGAAGCCGCCGUCCUUCUUCGGGGCCUCCUUUCUCAUGGGCUCCCUUGGAGGGAUGGGCUACUUCGCCUACUGGUAUUUAAAAAAGAAAUACAUGUAGUGAACGCCCCCCCUCUUGUUGUGUUAAAUGUCUGUGUAUUUGUGUGAUGUUUCAAAAUUUUCUGUAUGUUUUAUGACUGCGGGAAAUCCUAAUAAAUCUAUAUAUUAAGAAAAUAUACUAUUACUUAUCUGGAUGAAUAAAGAUAAGAAAACAUUCUAUAAUCAGAAAUUGUUGGCAGCACAUUUUCUGAGAAUCAACUUCAUCAAAUUUCA